CUUGUCAUAAACUUGGACACUCAGAAACCCUCCAGUGUCCUGACUAAUCUUAUACCAGAAUUGCGGCGAUAAAAUAUUUCAUUUCGUGGCAUCUUGUGGCUUGUUUUCCUGUUGUGUAGCUCUUCCUGCAGGCCACUCUAUCUCUCCGUUUUUCAGUAUUUACUGUUCCUGAUGAACAUCUCAGGUGAUCUUUCAUGAACAGAAAAAUGAAAUCAGCAGUGAAACUUGUCAUCAUUUAUUCUCUAUUUCAAGGUGUUUUGUGUAGAGAAUUCUCCAUCAGUCUACCAGAGAGUGUAGAAGCUGUGAGAGGACUCUGUGUUCUCAUACCCUGCAGUUAUGAGAUUGAAGAACAAUAUGAUGGAGACCUCCAGAAAGAUCCUACAGGAAUCUGGUUAAAAGACGGCACAAGUCAUUACUAUAACAAAGUCUUUAACUCUAAAGAAACUGAAGGGAAUCAGAUUGAAGGGAAACUUAUAGGAGACCUCCGCAUGAAGAACUGCACCACCGUCUUCUACAACAUCAGACAGAGUGACCGUGGAGAUUAUUACUUUAGAUUAGAAACUUCAGGAAGCCUGAAAUACAAUUAUCUAUCUUCAUCAGUGUCUGUAAGAGUGGGAGACUCUCCAAUCACACCCUCAAUAACACUGUAUAAGGAGGAUCAGGGGGAGGUGGAGGACCAAAAUGAGGUGGUGGAGGGAACUUCAGUGAGUCUCAUUUGCUCUGCUCCAGCUCCUCCAUGUCUCUUAAAGCCACCCACUUUUACAUGGAACUUCCUGCCUGAGGAGAGAAGACAGCAGCAGAACCACAACACCAGCUUCAGCUCCUCUCAGCUGAACUUCACCGCUACUCACCUUCAUCAUGGACUCACGUUCACCUGCACUGCCACCUACCAGCUCCAGAACGAGAUCACCAAAUCGGCACAGAGCUCUUUUAUACUACAUGUUCUGUAUGGUCCUAGAAACACGUCAGUAUCAGCGUCUCCAUCUGCUUCAGUGCUUUUGGGCAGUUCAGUGUCUCUGAGAUGCAGCAGUGAUGCAAACCCAGCAGUGCUGAACUACACCUGGUACAGAGAGAACGGAGAGCAGAUAGGAACCGGAAACCAUCUCACCAUCAACACCACUGAUUCUACACACAGUGGUCUAUACUACUGUAGAGCUCAAAACCAGCACGGAGAUCACACCUCAUCUGUCCUCCUGGAUGUUCAGUAUGGUCCUAGAAACACGUCAGUAUCAGCGUCUCCAUCUGCUUCAGUGCUUUUGGGCAGUUCAGUGUCUCUGAGAUGCAGCAGUGAUGCAAACCCAGCAGUGCUGAACUACACCUGGUACAGAGAGAACGGAGAGCAGAUAGGAACCGGAAACCAUCUCACCAUCAACACCACUGAUUCUACACACAGUGGUCUAUACUACUGUAGAGCUCAAAACCAGCACGGAGAUCACACCUCAUCUGUCCUCCUGGAUGUUCUGUAUGCUCCUCAGGUCUCUCCGUUCUCCAGCUGUAACAGUGCUCAUGAUUUGAUCAUGUGUUCCUGUGAGGUUCGUGGAAAUCCGUCUCCUAAACUGGCUUGGCAUCUCUCUGGUCAGAUUGUCUCUCCGUCUGAGGCGACAUCUAUCCAAGAGGAGUCUGUGUGUAACAGGGGUUUAAGAAGCGCUAUUACCAUCCGUCAGUCAUUUAUAGACACGCCCACUCUGCAGUGUGUUGGCUCCAACAACCUGGGCAAUGACACACACCUGCUUAAUAUCAUCAUUUCAGAACCCAGACACACCGCAGUACCUUAUCUGGUUCCCUCUCUCUCUGUGGUUCUCCUUCUGUGUGUUGGUGUUAUUGGAUUUCUCAUCUACAAAUCAAAGCAAUUGUCCAGGGAGAUACAGGUUCUACAGAGAGGAGAUACUUAUGUCAGGUUCUUUGCUGUACAGAACUCUGCAUAUGACUCUCUGCAGACUAACAGAGAGAACAACGCCUGAGAAGCUGCCCGUUUUCAUCACUAGAUUUUCAGCCACAUCAGGAAUAAUCACUGUGUGUGUUGCUGUUACAUUGAAAGAAUUAACAGUGGGGUGGUGUGAUGAAGCGAAGUUAUUGUUAUCACUUCGAAGUUGGUUAUUUUCCUAUAACCUAUAUUUUAUUCCUCUUACACCACAGCAAUCUGACUCCAAUUUUUCAUUUAUUAAAUUUUGACAUGUCAUACUUUUAAUCAGUUAUAGUUACAUUUAAUGUUGUGGAUCAUCAGUGAAGCAAAUUAAUUCCUGUUCUCUCUUACAUUAUAGCAGAUAUAAACAGUUAUUCUCUCACCAGCUUCUCUUUUUUCUCUAUUCUGAAGUUAAUAAUACAAAAAAAAAAAUAUGUUACCAAUAUAACACAAAGCAUAAACUCAUCUGUCCUGAAAAUGUUGGGAACUGUAUUUCUGUUGGAAAUCUGUAAGGAGCAUCACUAUUGAAAUUUGGAUUCAUACAUAUACAAAUAUGUGUUACUGAUUCUGUGUUGUUUUAUUUUAAUUGACUGUACACAAUAAAGGGGUUUAAUUUA